CAUUAGCGUUAAUGGGCCGAAAAUAGAAGCCUUUUUAGAUCCGAAUCUAGAUCCAAACUCUAAUGCGCGUGCUUCGAUCUCUAGCUUCUCGAAAUCCCCCCGGCGAGACCCACAAGUCUCUCUCGAUCUCUCGAUCUCGCGAGGAGGAAAGGGGAUUUGGACGCCGGAUCUUCCAAAAUGGCCAGCCAGUUCACCGACGGCGGAGGAAAUGUGAUUGUAGAGGAAGCAAAAGGGUUUAAUCCCGGGCUUGUGGUGCUGCUGGUUGUUGGUGGCUUCUUGUUGCUUUUCCUUGUCGGAAACUAUGCGCUCUAUGCCUAUGCGCAAAAGACCCUUCCGCCGAAAAAGAAAAAGCCUGUUUCCAAGAAGAAAAUGAAAAAGGCAAUGCUCAAGCAAGGUGUUUCUGCACCCGGAGAGUAAGAAGACGACGACGUCUCUGGAAAGGUUAAAAAAAAAAAAAACUCAGCUAGGUUAGAUUUACUUAACUCAAAAACCUGGAGAGACUUUCCCUUAGGGUUUACAGAUGUGUUUAAAGACUAUUUGUUGUCUCUUUGGUUCAUAUACUGUGAUGUUGUCUUGGUAGAGUCCGAUUAUCGGUUAAUCCUUGUUCUUGUCAUGGACAUGUGCAUGUUGGAAGACCAUCAUCUUUUUAAGGGCAUUUUUCCAUCAUUGGGAGAAAUUA